AUGGAGGAUUUGACCUGCAGGACAUUUUCUACGCAAUACCAGCAUCUGGUAUCCCUUUCCUCGACUUCUUCCGCAUCGGAAGAAGUCGGGGAAGGGGAAACAGCGUACACCAAGGCCGUGCAGGUAUUAGAAGCGUAUUUCAAAUUGAAAAUGAACACGACUUAUGAAAGACACAUUUUCCGAAAUCUGUCUCAAGGCACAGAGGAAACAAUGGUACAAUAUGUUUCAAGAUUGCGGCAACAAGCAAAAAAUUGCAAUUUUGAAGACGCAGAUACAGAAAUCUGUGGUCAGAUAAUAGAGAAGUGCCAUUUAACGAAAUUACGCAGACAUUUAUUAGAAAAAUGUGAAGUUAAAUUGGACGAAAUAUUAGAGAUUGCAAAGACAAUGGAAGCAGUCUCGCUGCAAACGAAAGGCAUGGAAGGCGAAGCGGUGACUCGCAUAACGGACAAGAAAAAACAUGUGAAGACUGCUACAACGAAGACAACAGAUAACGUCGAAUGCUAUCGGUGCGGAUACAAAGGACAUAAAUAUACAGAUGAGAAGUGCCCGGCGAGAGAGAGGAUCUGCAGUAAAUGUGGGAAGUCAGGACAUUUCGCGAGGGUUUGCAAGACAAGGAUGGAGACAACUAGCAACAGCUACAGGAAAAGCGGACAGAGGAAAGGGGUUCGACGGCUCGACGAGAAGACAGAAGAAGAUGAGAAUAAGCAUGCGUUCAGCCUGAGAAGAAAAGAGAUCUACGCCGUGGACGGUAAAUGUGUUAACGCCGCGAUAGGAGGAGUUACUUUAAACUUACUAGUAGAUUCAGGGGCAUCGUGUAAUAUAAUAGACGAGAAAACGUGGAAAUGUUGUAAAUCGCGGAAUAUUAAAUGUAAAUCGGAAAAAACGGAAAACGGAAAAAAAAUAUACGCGUACGGUCAGGAAAAAGCGUUAGAUUUGCUAGGAGAAUUUUAUUGCGAUAUUGAGAUAGAAAAUCAGAAAGCUCGAGCGACGUUCUUAGUAUUAAAAGGUAGAGGAAGAGCGCUAUUAGGUUAUGAAACGGCAACGAAGUUAGGAAUUUUGCGGAUAAGACCGGAAAUAAGUAAUAUUAAUGAUUUUGAAACAGAGCAAGACCCAAUUUUUAGAGGCAUGGGUAAAUUAAAAGAUUUCCAAUUAACAUUACCGAUAGAUAAGACAUACACGCCUAUUGCACAACCCGUGAGAAGAAUUCCAUUUAAAUUGCGCGAGGAAGUGGAAAUACAAAUAAAAACUUUAAUAGCUCAGGACAUAAUAGAAAAAGUCGAGGGCCCUACCGAGUGA